CAAUAACAUUUGAAAAGAAAAAUACUAGAAUAAUACAAAUGAUGUUGUAGUAUUGUAAUUCUGUGGUCCAAUUCAAAACUGAAAAUUUUCUGAGACCCACAUAAGAUACAAAGGGAAAAAUAAUCAUCAAAAGCAUGGAACUGUUAAAGUAGAAAACACAGUUCAUGAGCUAUCAUCAUCCAUUCCCUUUUUGCUUUUUCGGGUCUCGUGGUGUUUUCUUUUCUCUACUUUUCAAAUUAAACAAAGGAUUCACUCAUUCUUCAUGCUUUGCACUUUGCACUGUGCACUGCACCUCUUCUUCAAUCAUUUUCAGCUCUGUGAGAGGGUUUCACAAGAGUUUUAGAGGUUCCUUAUGCUCACAUAGCAUCAUUUUUGUGAUUCAAUUUGGGGGAAAAGCAGAUUCAGCUUCAGAGAUUGAGAAAGUGUUGAUUUUUAUGAGGGAAAAAUGAAAAUCACUGUGUUCAAGAGAAGAAUUCAACUUCCUGAAAUAGUGGAACAAAAUUUGGCGAAAUAUUCUCUUACCCUUUUGACUUGACUAUUUAGUUAGUUCAAUUAAUGUUUGUUACAUAGAAACUUGAACUUGUUUGGUUAUUUCUGGUUUUUCAACACCAACUUUUUUUCUCACUGAUGCAAUCUUAGUAUCUUGUUCUAAAUUAGUUCCGUGUCUGUUAAAAAUUGUACCUUUUUGCAUAAACAUGGGAGAUGUUAGGCUUAAUAGGGUAGAUCAGGGACAAACAAAGAUUAAGAAUGUUCCAAUAGCUGUUACCCCUGAAGGGUUUUGGUGUUGUCCUUCACCUGUUGUGUUUCAGAAAAGUCAUAAGCCUCAAAAUCCUUUGAAUAAGACCAAACCUUCUUCGUCGCCACCGCAACCACAACCGAAAGCUAGUGUUCAGAAAAAGCCGGUGGCAGUGCAAGUGACGGAGAGAAGAUGUUCUACACCUGCACUGGCACCUGCAUCGUCUAGAUUGGUGAUUUCAGAUGAUCAAAAUUGUGGUGUUGGUUCGGAAAGGUCAUCAGCUGGUACUUCUUUGGCUGCUGAGAGAUUAUCUUCUAGACCAAAAAUCGAAACCAUGCCGAGAAAGGUAGCUAUUGAGUUUGGUGAACCGGGAACUUGUGAUAUGAAGGUGGUUUUAUUAGGGAAACAAGGUUUUUCUGUUAAGUUGAGUGUGCAUAGGGAUGUUCUGAUAGAGAAGAGUAGUUUCUUUUCUGAAAAGAUUUCCGAACAAUCGGAUUUGUCUUGUUUACAAAUCGGAGAUUGUGAGGAUGUUGAAAUAUAUGUUGAAGCCGUUGGUUUGAUGUACUGCAAGGAAAUGAAACAGCGGCUCAUGAAACAGAAUGUUUCUCGCAUUCUUCGGAUUCUUAAGGUUGCAGAAUUCCUUGGUUUCAGCUCAUGUAUCCAAUCAUGCUUGGAGUACCUGGAGGCUGUCCCUUGGGUCGGAGAUGAAGAAGAAGAAAAAGUCGUGUCAACUGUACGACAACUCCAAGGAGAAGGAAUUGGGGUCAACCCUGUGUUGAAACGAGUUUCUUCCGACGUUUCCAAUGUUCCGAAAGAUACAUUUUCCCAAAUAAUUGAACUUGUUCUCAAAAGCAACGAGGAAAAAGGUCGUCGAGAGAUGAAAUCCAUAGUUCUAAAGCUCCUUAGGGAGAACAACAGUCUUCCAAGUUACGCGCGUUCCACUGACAUCUGUAACGACAUGAUAUAUACAUCCUGCAGAAGCUGUUUGGAUUUAUUAUUGUCUCUCUUCAAGCAAGCUGCAGAAUCAUCCUUUGUAUGCAAGCCAAGUGAUGAAAGAGAUUCUGUAACAAAGCGUAUAGCUCUUGAAGCCGACAACCUUUCAUGGUUGCUUGAUAUUUUAAUUGACAAACAAGCUGCCGACGAGUUCGCACUGUUAUGGGCAAACCAGCAGGAAUUAGCUGUCUUACACGCGAAGCUACCAAUUGUGUCUCGUUAUCACGUUAGCUGCAUUUCCGGAAAACUAUACGUCGGCAUUGGUAGAGGGGAGUUGUUACCAUCUAAGGACACACGACAAAUGUUAUUACAGACAUGGCUGCAGCCGCUAAUGAACGACUACAAUUGGUUACAACACGGAUGCAGGUCGUUCGAUAGGAAGCUUGUGGAGGAAGGAAUUGGGAGAACGAUUCUCACCUUGCCGUUGGAGGAUCAACAAAGUAUUUUGCUUUCUUGGGUUGGAAUUUUCUUGAAAACCGGUGAUAGCUGUCCUAAUCUUCAAAGGGCUUUUGAGGUGUGGUGGCGCAGAACUUUCAUUCGGCCGUAUGUCGAAAAUCAAGGUAAUGUCGUGUCAGAUAGUUCCACGUCGUCGAUGAAAUGAAUGAGUAAAGAAAUAUGAUAAAAUGUGACUGGUGAAUAUACUUUUGAAUGGUAUUAAUGUUAGUGGAAAUGGAUUUUGUAUAACUGAGUUUGAGGGAUUGUAGAGAUUAAGUUGACAGCAGCUGACAAAAAGUUUAGUAUUGAAACAUGUUAUUUGUGAUUGUAUGAGUUGAUUGCGGAUUCCAUGUUGAAACAUCACUGAUUUGAUGAA